CCCUGCACGAAGGAGGACACCUGUGUGGGCAGGCCCCCAGGCUGCGGUGACCCCUUCUUCUUGGAGCCAUGGCAGGUGACAUCACAGAGACUGGGGAACUUUAUUCCCCUUAUGUGGGCCUGGUGUACAUGUUCAACCUGAUCGUGGGCACCGGUGCCCUCGCCAUGCCCAAGUCCUUUGCCACUACUGGCUGGCUGGUCAGCCUGCUUCUGCUGGUCUUCGUCAGCUUCAUGAGCUUUGUGACCACGACCUUCGUGGUGGAGGCCAUGGCAGCUGCCAAUGCCCAACUCCACUGGAAGAGGGUGCAGGCCCGGCCAGAGGAGGCAGAUGAAGAUUCAUCCUCAUCCUCUGACAGCGAAAUGCUCACGCAGGGCAGCUAUGAGCAGGCAGAGAAGCAGCCGAUCCUAUCCGUGCAGCGACGUGGCCCCCAGCACCUGUUUGAGAUCACGGACCGGGUGGAGAUGGGGCAGAUGGCCUCGAUGUUCUUCAGCAAAGUGGGUGUCAACCUCUUCUACUUAUGCAUCAUCAUCUACCUGUACGGGGACCUGGCCAUCUAUGCCGCCGCAGUGCCCGCCUCUCUCAUGCAGGUGACCUGCACCACCGGCAACGACUCCUAUGGAGUGGAGGGCGACACCAAGUUCAACGACACGGACCCGUGCUGGGGGACCCUACGCUGCGUGGACGUCUACCGCAUCUACCUGGCUAUCUUCACCCUCGUGCUGGGACCCUUCACCUUCUUUGACGUCCAGAAGACCAAGUAUCUACAGAUCCUGACCUCUCUGAUGCGAUGGGUUGCCUUCACCAUCAUGAUCGUGCUGGCCCUGGUGCGCAUCGGGCAGGGACGCGGCGAGGGGCACCCCCCGCUGGCGGCACUGGCGGGCGCCAAGAACGUGCUGGGCGUAUGCGUGUACUCCUUUAUGUGCCAGCACUCGCUGCCCUCGCUGCUCACGCCCGUGUCCCGCAAGCGCCACCUCACACGGCUGCUGGGCCUGGACUACGCGCUGGUGCUGGCCUUCUACGUGCUGCUGGCCUUCACGGCCAUCUACUGCUUCCGCGGCGACCGCCUGCUGGACAUGUACACGCUCAACUUCGCGCGCAGGGACGUGGUGGGCGCUGCCGUGCUGCGCCUCUUCCUCGGUCUCUUCCCCGUCUUCACUAUCAGCACCAACUUCCCCAUCAUCGCCGUCACGCUGCGCAACAACUGGAAGACGCUCUUCCACCGCGAGGGCGGCACCUACCCCUGGGUGGUGGACCGCGUGGUGUUCCCCAUCAUCACGCUGCUGCCCCCCGUGCUCGUGGCCUUCUACACCCAUGACAUGGAGCUGCUGGUGGGAAACACGGGCGCCUACGCGGGCACGGGCAUCCAGUUCGUGGUCCCCGCCUUCCUGGUGCUCCUGAGCCGCCAGGACACUGAGCGGACCUUCGGGGAGGGCACCCAGAACCCCUACCGCUCCCCGUUCCGCCAUAUCAGCUGGGUAGGCUUUGUGCUGCUCUGGGCUCUCUCCUGCUUCAUUUUCACCACGGCCACCAUCAUCCUCAAGGAGACCGAAGGCUGAUGUAUGGAUGGCGGAGGCUGACUGAUGGCGGAGGCUGAAGGGUGGCAGAUAGGCCUUCAGAUCCAGGAUCUGGAGUCCACCCUGAUCGCCCAAAGUCUCUGUGUCCAGAGAACACAGUGGGCGCCUCUGUUUCUUCUGUCCUCCAGCACCAAGAAGCCCACUUCUUCCAGGCAGUCCUGCAUGCCAGCUGCUGCCCCUGCCAGAAUCCAGGGCACCAACUGAAACCUCCGUUGUCCCUUCUGCUCCCCAGACCCUCUGCCCAGAGGAGGGGGUCCUCCUCUGACGUGAGGACAGCGCCAUUGAGGCACUGCCACUGUAUAUUUGGGACGUGUGACUGCUCUCUCCUGGGGUCCCUGUCUAGCCCAGCCAGGAAUCCCCAGAAGAGGGGAUGUCUAUGGCUGCCGUAGCCCUCUCAGGAGCAGGCCUUCUAGGGAGGCACAGGGCACUGUGCUGCAUUUGAGACCCAGAAAGAGUGUCUCCUGGCCCCGUCCCUACAGGCCAGCAAUGUAGAAAAGGGCAUUGUUCUGGACACCCAGGCAAGGGUGCCUGUGGUUCUGCUCCAUGCCUGUGUCUGUGUUCUUGAAUAUGCUGGGGUGAAGUGGACACUGGUCAUGGUGCCCAUGGGAAGGGGCCAAGGGGCUCCCCAUCCCGUCCCAGGUAUUCACGACCCGGAUUCAGGUGGAUGUGCUGUCCAAGAGCUUUCCACAGGACCUGGGGUCCCUCCUCGCCCCUCCUGCCAACCCUGAGCUUGGGGCCACCUAUCCAGGGUGCCCCCCUCCCCCGGCAGCUUGGCCAGGAGCUGCCUCUGGUGCGGGGUGUCAGGCCCCUGCCCUCCCCUCAUUUCAGUGCCUUGCUCAACCCCUUGCCUCUGCCUGUAUCUCUCCAGUCUCCAACCCUGGAUGGAGGGGUCCCGGGGAGGAAAUCAAUGGAAUUCUCUCUGCACCGGCCUGGGGCACCCCGUACCCCUCAUUUUCUCCCUGGCCGUGUGUAUCUUGGGUUCCCAUCGCUUGUCUCCGUGGGUCACUACUCCACGCCAGGAGAGUUAGACUCCCUGACCUGAGCACAGCCCGGAGUGCUCUGGGGGUGUGCAGAGCCACGAAGAUCCCUCCAUCUCUGGCUAGGAGAAGGGAGCCCCACGCUGGGGCCUCCCCAGAGUUCCUGGGCCAGGCGGUUUGCUGCAAACUCAAUUAAAACAGCUCCGACUUCCCCUUUCUCCCAAUACCUUCCCUCUUGCUUAAGGACAAAGCAAAUUAAGUUCGCCUGCGCCACCCCAGGCUCCAAACCAAAUUUGGGGAGUGAAUUUAUUAGCAUCAUAAAAACCCCAGUUGAUUUAUGUGACAAUCUGGAGCUGCCGAGACAGUUCCUCCUACUACCUCCCGCGGGGGGCAGCCCCGGCCUGGAUCGAAGAAGCAACACUGCUCUGUCCUCCUCACCAGCAGGACAGGCGCGUCACCGCCCGCCCAAGUCUGUCUGUCGCCCAAGUCUGUCUCUCAGGGCAGUUUUGCUCUCAGAGGUCACCUGGGGCCAUGGUCUGGGGACCCUUCCCAGAAACUCGAUACCUGCCA